AUUGUCUACUGCGUCUCCGGUAGAGAAAUUUUGGAUAAGGAGAAUUUCACAUUGGAGGAGCUUCUUGAUGAGGAUGAUAUAAUUCAAGAAUGCAAAGCUUUGAAGGCCGACUUAUAAAUUUUUUGAGAGAAAGGGCUCAGGUUGAACAACUGAUUCAAUAUAUUGUGGUUGAAGCUCCUGAGGAUGCUGAAAAGAGGCGAACUUUUAAGUUUCCUUUUAUUGCAUGUGAGAUUUUUACUUGUGAAGUUGAUAUCAUCCUUAAGACAUUGGUAGAGGAUGAGGAGUUGAUGAAUUUGUUGUUCUCCUUUUUGGAACCGGAAAACUUGCAUAGCACAUUACUGGCUGGGUACUUCAGCAAGGUUGUGGUUUGUCUGUUGUUGCGGAAGACAAUUCCUUUUAUGCAUUAUAUUAAAGCACAUCAAGAAAUUAUUCCUCGGCUAGUAGACCUGAUUGGUAUUACAUCUAUCAUGGAGGUUUUAAUACGUCUUAUUGGUGCUGAUGAGCACAUGUAUACAAACUAUACCGAGUCAAUGCAGUGGAUAGAGGAAACAAAUGUGCUAGAGAUGAUUGUGGACAAGUUCAGCUCUUCGGAUUGUCCAGAGGUGCAUGCAAAUGCAGCUGAAACGCUGUGUUCUAUAACACGAUUUGCUCCCCCGGGUCUUGCUGCUAAGAUUGCUGGUCCAAAUUUUAUAGGGAGAUUAUUUCGUCAUGCUUUGGAAGACUCUCGGCCAAAAUCUGUUCUGGUUAACUCUUUGUCUAUCUGCAUAUCUUUGUUAGACCCUAAGAGGCUAACAUUGGGGCAAUACUAUAUGUUCAACCGUCAGCUAACUCAUGGACCCACAGUAACUGCAAAUCCAGAGACGGUUGAAGGAAUGCUGAGUAGCCUAGGUGAUUUACUAAAGCUUUUGGAUGUGUCGUCUGAGGAGAGUGUUUUGCUAACUACAUAUGGCAAGUUGCAGCCACCUCUUGGAAAACAUCGCCUGAAGAUUGUAGAGUUCUUUUCAGUAUUGCUGACAGUUGGUAGUGAAGCAGCUGAGAAGGAAUUAAUUCGACUUGGUGCAGUGAAAAGAAUAUUGGAUUUGUUCUUUGAGUACCCAUACAAUAAUUUUUUGCAUCAUCAUGUAGAGACCAUAAUCUUAUCUUGUUUGGAGAGCAAAAAUGCACCUCUUAUCAAGCAUCUUCUUCAUGACUGCAAUCUGGCGGGGAAAAUUCUUGAAGCUGAGAGGAAUUUCACUUUGGAAGCUAAUCCAAAUAAGCCAACUAUCCCUGCUGAGGGUCGAUUGCCGCCCAGGAUAGGAAAUAUUGGACACUUAACACGCAUAUCUAACAAACUUGUACAGCUGGGAAAUAACGGCAACGAGAUUCAGGCAUAUUUGCAGGAAAACAGUGAAUGGAGCGAUUGGCAAAUAAAUGUCCUAUCAAAGCGAAACACUGUGGAGAAUGUAUAUCAGUGGGCUUGCGGGAGGCCUACAGCUCUACAUGACCGGAAUAGAGAUAGUGAUGAUGAAGAUUACCAAAAUAGAGAUUAUGAUGUUGCAGCCCUGGCAAAUAACUUGAGCCAGGCCUUUCGAUAUGGCAUUUACAACAAUGAUGAUAUUGAUGAGGCACACGGCUCUCUUGAGCGAGAUGAUGAGGAUGUCUACUUUGAUGAUGAAUCUGCUGAAGUUGUUAUUUCUUCUCUGCGUCUGGGAGACAACCAAGAAAGUGGUUCUCUUUUUACAAAUUCCAAUUGGUUUGCUUUUGAGGAGGAAAGAGUCAACAAUGACCGUUCCACUGGAUCGCCUGCUUCCCCUUCUCCUAAUAAUGAAGAGGCUGCUGUUACUAACCGUGGAGGUGAUAAUGAAGUUGUUGGGGAAGAUGAAGACUUGGAUGACACUGCAACAUCUCCUGCCGUACCAGAAACAAAAUCAGAAGAUACUGAUGUAGUCAAUCUGCCUGAAGAUUCUGAAGAAACAGGACCCAGUGCGACUGAAAAGCCUACUGUUUGGGUUGAAUGGAGGGAGACUCCAGAUUCCAGUAAUCCAUCUGAUGCAGCUGAACCUGUUAGUGUGCCUAAUGGUGAGGUGCAAGUAGAAACGAGAGAUGAGGUUGUUGAUUGUGGCCCAGAUGCUUCUGAACCUUCUUCCUCUUCUUCCAAUGAAAUAGCAAAUGCUGAUGCAACGCCUACUGGAGAAUUAUCACAAACAGAAGAUGAAAAUAAAAGUGCUAGUUCUAAUCCUGUAGAAAUUCCACAACCAGACGAUGGUAAACCAAGUCCAGAACCAAUUACUUCCGAUGAGGCGAAAACAGUGGUAGAAGCAGCGCAAGGCACUCCUGAAGUAAACAAGAGCGAAGCAGCACAAGGCACUCCUGAAGUAAACAAGAGCGAAGAGGCAGUGAAAGAAACAGAAAACUGAUGUAUAUUCAACAGAAUUACCGAGUUAAUUGGGCUAACUCACACUGCACAAUAUUGGACAAAGCGGGAAGAUGAAUAUUUGAAAGAUUGGCCACUGUACUUUUAGAGCCUUCUUCUGUACAUUGUCUAAGUAGGGCUUGAUGAUUCUUUUUCCCCAGCCAUUGCCAACCAACUUCAAAUUGAGAAGAUAAGGGAUACAAGUAUUGCAACAUUUAAUCAAUUAAUUUUAGCUUUUAGGUAGGGAUGAUUCAGAAAUGGAAUUUGUGAACCGAAUCGUACACGGCAUUUUCAGUACAAUAAUAUGUUUAUAUUUAUAUAUGAUUCUCCUUCUUUCAUAA